AUGUACCUCCACGGCCUAGUCAACACUGGAUUCAAGACUGUGAUGACGUGGGUGUCAUGCAACGGCGUCACAGCGCACACAUACAGGAGAGGCAUGCGCCGUGAUGUGUGCAGUCAUGCUGUGGGAGAGCUAUUUGUGCAGCUCUACAUGGAAGAAGUCGAUGUACCCCUCCAGCCCAUCGCGCGAUUGGGAGACGAGGGCUGCAUGUUGUUUCCAACGGAGGACGUGGUCAGAACGGAACUGGCGAAGCUGUCCUGCGAUCGGAACAGCAUGGAGGUGGAUGGUGUCCUACUGGCGGCCGCCGUGAUGAGUAUCGCAGGGGCGCUUGGUUUCACCCAGGAUCAGCUGGAAGCGGCGUGUGCCCAUGAGUUGGGUACACAAGGGGCGCGACUCAUCAGGCGGUCUGACACGGCCGAAAGGCAGAGGGAGCGUGAGGCGGCUACAAGGUCGCUGUCCAGACUUCUUCACAACACCCCUGCACCUCUGCCUCGCCCUGGGUUCAUGAGUGUCACGUUCCCGCAUUCGGCGUGCGCCGGCGACGGGGAUACGAGGGGACACGUGUCCAACACUUCCAAUCCGAAGACACCAGAUGCCACGCCCGUAAAGGGUCAUGGUGCAUGCGGUCGCACGCCGAGGACAAGGGCCAACAAGGGGAAGGGAAGAGUCACAGGGGGUGUGGUGAAACGUGGUGGUACGAGCGAGUACACCAGUGUGUGGUAUGAUCUACGUGUGCGAAAGUGGUGCGUCAAAAUCAUUGCAGACCCGGCGACUGGGAAGCAAGUCCGCCUAGGCGCGUACAUGAAGGAGGAGGACGCGGCGUACGCGUACGUGGCUGGAGCGUUUGUGAUCAGACGGAAGGAUCACUUCCCCAAGGUGAUGCCAUUGUCGGAUGCGGAGAUGGCUGCACUGGAGGGGGCCAUCGUGGAUGACGUGAGGCACCUGGUACAGAAGCGGCAGUGGUACAGGUGGAGGGAGUGGCGUAAAGCUAUGGACGACAUUGGCGUUGUGCCAGGAACUCCCUUCAAGCCAGAGCCAGGAGCAGAGUCGCCUCCAACGAAAGCAGAAGGGGCAGAUAGCGCAACACGUGAUGCUGAAGCAGAUAAGGAUCUGGUGAGCGAAGAAGGCACUGGGGAACAGGACAGUGAUGGGGGUAUUGCGUGCACGCAGGCCCCAGCCUAG